AUGCUAGAGUUUGUCAUCACCACUCAGCCCUCGCGCCGCAUUGUGUGCCUCAACGAGGCGACGUACAUCUACCUCUGGCCAUACCUCUUCUCGCGCGAAGUACCGGGUGCGCUGCAGCUGUGCAGAUGGGCUGCACGUCGUGGUGCAGCUGUGCACGGCGCCGUCCGGCUGCAGCCCAGUGAGAGCCCCAGCGCAACACAUCAGUGCUAUCUGAAGGUGACACGCCCCGUGGCUGCAGGUCGCACGCUCAUUUCACUGCCAGCAGCGCUUUCUUUGAGUGUUAGCUCUCCGAAAUCGUGUGAAGGCGCGUUUGCCGGACACUACAGCGCCCUCGAGAGAUUCGCGCAGCUCCUCGCCCGUGAGCUGCACAACCCGCACAGCCCUCACCGCGCCUAUCUCGAGUUUCUGCAUGACCUACACAACACCGAGACGGGAGUGGCGCAGGACGCGCUGCUUGCCGAGCACCACUACCAUCGUGCUGCAGUACUGGUUGAUCAGCUGGAUGCCAUGUACGCCGGGAACUCGCUGCAGGCACGCGGCGCUGCCAACGCGCCGUUCCUCGAUAAGGAGCGCCUGACCUCCGCAAACCAGCGCGUGGAGUGGGUGCGGCUACAACAGCUGCAGCGUCGCCUUGAGCAAGGCGUGCCCCACUUUGCCGCCAAAUCGACAGCGUGGGCGUUGUCCAUGGUGCUGAGUCGUGCAAUGGAGGACGACGCAGAGGAACUCAGUCUUUAUCCGUUGAUUGACUUUUGUGCCCAUAGCUUUGAGCCGAACACGUACAUCUGUGUCGGCGAAGACAAGCGUACUGCCGCAAUGCGACCGGUGCGCUGGGCAGAGUCGAACGGAGGGCCCCUCAUCCACGUCGUGACGCGACGCUGGCUGCGCGCAGGUGAAAAGGUUACCCUGCGGUGGCAUUGGCGGCCUGUCAAGACAACGGAGGAUAUGGAGUUCUGGCAGAUGCGCUUCGGCUACGUUCCACGGUCAGAGUAA